AUUUAUAAAUAUAUCUCUCUCUCUUAAUUUUCUUGGUUCCUCUUCCCCUCUCUCUAGAAAAAUUGUAUCUGUGAAAAACUGAAAAUAAUAAAAAAAAAGGGGAAAGAUGGGAACUUUGUAUUCUUAUGGCCGGGUGAGAGUUUCCAAAGAAAACAAAGUCUUCUCUUUCACAGCUUUCAAUCGCAAAAACAUGGAAGAAGAAUCUAGGGUUUGACAGCACCAAGUCCAACAAGUGAGGUUUCACGGACUCAGUUCAGUUCAAUCUGAUCUUCUGGGUCUAUGUCUGCUUUGAGAAUUGACCCUUUGAGAAGAUGAAUUCGUUGUAAUUCUGUUAAAAAAAGUAUUGUUUGGUGUUUGAGAUGUGCAAGGUGGUGUCUUGACAACAUGGGUUUUCAUUUUUUUGGCUUGAAAGAACUGGCAUUAGAGUAGAUUUCUUUGGUUUUUAUGGUCUAGGUUGGUUUUGGUCAUUUGGUUUGGGGGAAUUAGGGUUUUUUUUUUAGUUUUUGGGAUUCAUGGAGGAGGUUGAGGAAGCUAACAAGGCAGCUGUAGAGAGCUGUCAUAGAGUUUUGACACUAUUAUCUCAACCCCAAGAUCAAGUUCAGUAUAGGAAUUUGAUGUUAGAAACUGGGGAGGCAGUUUUCAGGUUCAAAAGAGUGGUUUCUCUUCUAAAUACUGGUUUGGGUCAUGCCAGAGUGAGAAAGCUUAGGAGGUUACAGACUCCUCUCCCUCAAAGCAUUCUCCUGGAUAAUCCACACCAUCGGACUACAGAUUAUACAUCUAAGAAUCUGCAGCUUCUCGGAUCCUCUUAUCAUGAAACAUCACAGAAAGAAUUGAGCUCACAUGCUAAGAGUUCUCUCUAUUUGGGGAGUCCAUCCCUGGAGCUGAGCUCAAAUGGGAAAAACCUUCUUCAACUUGCUCAGCAUACGGCAUCAGCCCCCCAUCAUUUCCUCCCGCAACAACAGCAACAACACAUGAUACGACAGAGGAUGCAACUUCAGCAGCAGCAACUGAUGCGACAACAGCAGCAACAGCAGCAACUGAUGCAACAACAACAGCAGCAGCAGCAAAUCAAACAACAAGCUGAAAUGAUGUUUUACAAGAGCAAUAGUGGCAUUAACUUGAAUUUUGAUAGCUCAAGCUGCACACCUACAAUGUCAUCUACUAGGUCAUUUAUUUCUUCCUUGAGCAUAGAUGGUAGUGUGGCUAACCUGGAUAGGAGUGCCUUCCAUUUGAUCGGAGCACCUCGUUCUUCAGAUCAGAGUUCACAACAGAAGAAGAAGUGUUCUGCAAGGGGAGAAGACGGUAGUGUCAAAUGUGGAAGUAGUGGUAGAUGUCACUGCUCAAAGAAGAGGAAACAUAGGGUGAAGAGAUCAAUUAAAGUUCCUGCUAUCAGUAACAAGCUUGCUGAUAUUCCCCCUGAUGAUUAUUCAUGGAGGAAGUAUGGGCAAAAGCCAAUCAAGGGUUCUCCUCACCCAAGGGGAUACUAUAAAUGUAGCAGCAUGCGAGGUUGUCCUGCGAGGAAGCAUGUUGAGAGGUGCUUGGACGACGCAGCUAUGCUUAUUGUAACCUAUGAAGGUGAGCAUAAUCACCCAAGGAUACCUUCACAGUCGGCAAAUACAUAGAUUGCACUGGAAGUUCACUGAGACCUGUUAGCUUUCAAUUCAUCAUCCUAGUUAUAGUUGGCUUCCUGUACAUAUUUUGCAUGGUUCAAGCAUGGAAUUUAAAUUAGAGCAGUUUUUUUCGGCUUUGGAGAGUUGACUUUCCCGAGCUUUUCAACAAUUUGACAGUAGGCAUGAAGCCUAGUGCUAGACCAAAGAAAAAUGUAAAAUUGGGGUGUCAAAUUGUAAGAACUCUUUCAUCUUUCAUGGUAAUUAAUGUUUUUAUUAGAACAGCAGAACUUUUUUGCAUUGAAUGAAGAGCAUUUUUCAAU